AUGUCAGACGAUCUGCCAAUUGAUAUUCACAGUAGCAAAUUGCUAGAUUGGCUUGUAAGCCGACGUCAUUGUAAUAAGGAUUGGCAAAAAAAUGUUUUGGAAAUUCGCGAGAAAAUCAAACAUGCAAUUUUGGACAUGCCAGAAUCACCAGAAAUUGUAAAGUUACUCCAAGGAAGCUAUAUUAACUAUUUUCAUUGCGUUAAAAUCAUUGAAAUUUUACGUGAAACUGAAAAGGAUACGAAAAAUUUUCUAGGAUUUUAUUCGUCUCAAAGAAUGAAAGAUUGGCAGGAAAUUGAGAGCAUGUACGAAAAAGACAACGUUUUUCUUGCUGAAGCCGCUCAAGUGCUCCAACGACUUGUUCAAUAUGAAAUUCCGGCAUUAAAGCGUCAAAUUGUGAAAAAUGAUCAAGCUGUUUCUGAAGCCGCGAAAAAAUAUGAAGAUUAUGGUAAACAAGCAGAAGAUAGUAAAAAAGCGUACGAAAAAGAAUUGGGGCGAAUGGGAUUGGUUGGAAAGUCGCUUCGUGCCGAACUAUUAGCACUCGCCGCUGAUCUUCCUACCUACUUCAACGAAGUUGUGGAUGACAUUAAAAAAUUGGAUCAAGCCAGGGAACAUUAUAAGCAAUUUAGAGAGUAUAUGCAUCAAGGAUCAACCCCAAAGAGCAAAAUUCUUCCCUCACUGACUCUUCUUAUCUCCGGUGGUUCUGACGUUACUGCUUACGAAUUCAAAUAUGGGCAGAAGCCUGAUAAAGUCGAAAAACCAAAUUUCGACUUGCUCUUAAAUGCCGACAAAGACAAAAACGAGAAAGAUGACGAAAUCGAUUUUGGCGAUGAUGACAUUGACUUCGGCGUUGAUGAAGUUGGAGAUUCAGAGAUUAACCUUGAUAUUGACAUCGAUGUCGUUGCUGACGAUUCAGGAGCUGUUGGUGAGAAAAUUGCGUCCGGACAAGAUGCGUUGAGUCUUCUCGAGAAUGCCGAAACGCAAACAGUUGUUAAAAAUGAACUAAGCGAGCUUGUCGCGUUUCUCAAAAUGCGUCUCGAGGACGAAACACGAGAAACUGGAGCCGAUGUUCUUAUAAGAGGCGCGGAGAAACGACCAGCUGAUAUUUCGAAAAUUACCGACAAGGAUCUUAAAGUGUGGAUAAAGCAAGUUGAAGACAUUCAAGCGAAAUUGAACAAUUCGCAGAAAGUGCACUUGUUCAAAAUUCGAGGAUCUCCACAAUAUGUUGAGCAGGUCGUCGAAUCUCUUGAAAAGAAGCGCGACAUGGAAGGAAGAUACAAACGCCUUCAAAAGUUGAUGAUUGAUAAGCAAGAGGAAGCUCGCGGAAUCCUCACCAAGGCCAACGAAGAGCUCAAACAAAUUGUUGAGAGCACGAGGCAACUUCAAAAGCAAGUCGAGGGCGAGAUUUCCAAAAAGUAUAAUGGUCGUCGGGUUAAUCUUAUGGGAGGAAUCAAGCAAGCACUUUCCGGUGUUUAA